GUCCCCGUCACACAUUGACCGAGUCCUGUACAGUUGAGUCAAGGCUGAUCGUGCCCUUUCCCACGUCGUGCACGAUCACCACGAUGUAACUCUGUAACCUAUAUAUACAUGAGGAAUACAGACGCAGCACUCUAGGGGCUCUAUCCAAUUCUCUUCUCUUUGUUCACAUGGUAUCAGACGCGUACUGAUCCUAGCACCUACUCUCGCUUCCGCUACACACUCCGGCGAUCCAGCCAUGGCCACACCACCUCCCCCACCUCCUCCACCACCGGCAGGCACAAGCCUCGCCGGAGCUCUCUCUCCCAGCGCCUCCAGCCCUCUGCUCACGCCAUCUGCGCUCGCCGCUGCUACCAACAGCAGCGCCCUCAUCACCGCGGCCGCUGCCGAUUCUGCACCUGUCGCGGCACCACCCCUCUCCUCCCCACUCGCGGGCAUCUUCAUCAACCAACAUGUUCCGCUCGUGCUGCAGCUCAACCCCCCCAACUACACCCAAUGGUGUACCCUGUUCGAGGUCACCUUCACCAAGACCGGCGUCGACGACCACAUCAACAACCCUCCGAGCGCCACGGCCCCAUACUGGAUCCAGGACGACGCGUACAUCGUCUCGUGGCUGUACAACCGCGUCAGCCCUGAGAUCUUCGGGCUGAUCCAUCAGCGUCACGCCACGGCCGCACAGCUCUGGAGCUCCAUCGCCACGCUGUUCAUGGAGAACCGCGAGCACCAGGUUGUCUACCUCGCCACCGAGUUCCGCCACAUCGAACAGGGGACCGGCUCCAUCAUCAACUUCUUCGCCCGCCUCAAGGACUGCGCCGACCGCCUUGCUGAUCUUGGUGCGCCCGUCACUGACCGAGACCAGGUACUGAACAUGUUUCGCGGACUGAAUCCCCGCCUGCACUACGCCCUGCCGAUCCUCACCAUGCAGAGCCCGUUCCCCACGUUCCUGCGUUGCCGCGCCUUCCUGCUCCUGGAGGAGAGCCGGAUGAACGCAUCCACGGGCACCUCCUCUGAGACUGCGCUCUACGCCGCGCGUGCGCCCCAUGGUGGCCACUCUAGCGGCGGUGGCGGCGGAUCGAGCGGCAACACCUCCGGCGGCAACACCAAUGGCGGCUCCGGCAACCGCCACAACAACGGGCGCCGCAAGGGCAAGGCGCCUGCCACUAACCCUGCGCCUGCUCCACGCCCAACUGCACCGACGGCGCCUCCCUCGAUGCCAUGGACCGGCAUGGUACAUGCCUGGCCGAUGCCCUGGCGCCCUCACAUGCCCGGCGCAGGCAUCUUGGGCGCCCGUCCCGGCGCUCCCGCACCCUUCGCCGGCACUGCGUCUCACUACGGCGCGCCGCCCCCGUACUUCUACCCCGGGGCGACACCGGCAGCCGUGGUCGCUGCUGCUGAUCCUGGCGCUGCCUCGUCCAGCGCCCCGCCACCAACAUGGGACCAGGCUGGUCUCAUCCAGGCGUUGAACAACCUCUCCGUCCAGCAGCCGCAGCCCGUAUCCGCGCCCGGGCCGUGGUACCUUGACACCGGCGCCUCGGCGCACAUGUCCUCCUCGUCAGGAUCGGCGAACCAGGAUGGUGAUCCUGCGAUGUGACUCUGACAGCGACCUGUACCCGGUGACGCCACCGUCCAUCCACCACAGCUUCCUCGCCCUCACCAAAGACCUGUGGCAUCAACGUCUCGGACACCUUGGACGUGAUGCUCUGGACACCAUUCUUCACCAUGCCGAUGCUGCCACCGACAGCUCCAUCACCACUCCUUGCCACGCUUGUCAAAUAGGAAAACAAAGUCGUUUACCUUUUUUAGAUUCCAGUCAUGUUUCGUAUUUCCCAUUCCAAUUAGUCCACUGCUAUCUCUGGACAUCGCCUGUAUCUAGUUUAUCAGGAUGUAAAUACUAUUUGCUUCUACUCGAUGAUUACAGUCA